UAUUCUUUAGAAGUUAUGAGCAAAUGUUGUUAAAAUAUCUUUGAUUGGAUAUGAAAUAAGACCUACUGAGAUCAGUGAGAAAAAAGUAUCAUAUACCUUUCUAGAUUCUAAGUUGUCUUACGUACCUGCAAUUCUUAUGGAGAAGAAACAACUUGUGUUAUUAUAACAUGUAUCAGGGUCUGUAAUGAUAUAGCUGUUUCACUUGUCCGUUUGGAAGUUAUAGGCUUCAUGACAAGAUCUUGGCUCUGCUUGGUAAAAGUAAAACUGCGCAUACCAAGUAUCUCUUGAUUCUUCAAUACCAGAGUGCUAGAGUCCCAUCCAUGUUUCCAGCUCUACUUCAGUGCCCCAAGAUGUUAACUACAUGUGGAGCAUGAAUGGCACCAAAAAGAGAUAUUGGUUGGGAGCACGCUGAGCCAGUUGGGGGGGAUAAGAAAAUUGUCCAAUGCCGUUACUGUGGGAAGAUUAUACAUGGGGGAAUAACUAGAUUGAAACAGCACAUUGCUCACAUUGCUGGACAAGUGGGAGCUUGUCCUAGAUCUCCUCCAGAUGUGACAUUGGAAUUGAAGAAGCAUCUAAAUGAUGGGAAAAGCGAAAGGGCAACAAUGAAAAAGAGAAAGGCAGCAGCUCUCAAUGCUUUCUACAAUAGAAGUUUGUGUGGGUUCAUGCAUGCUACUGAUGAUGAGAAUGAUGAUGAAAGUGAAUGUGAUACUCUUGAAGAUGAAUUGUUAUCUUUGGAAAAAAUGCAACUUAUGUUAGCCAUGGAAGAGAGUCGUCAAACGGCUCUAAUUGAGGAAUUACACCGCAAGAGUCAUGUUUCUAGAUCCCGCCCUGUUACAGUAGGUUGCGGUCGAAGUUUGUCUACUGAGGCGAAUGUUAUUAACUGCAAUGACGAUGAUGAUGGGCAGGAUAUUGAUCAGAAGGGUUUGUCAGAUAUGGAAGUAAAGCAACUUAAGCAGGCCUUGAAAGAGAGCCGCUACACGGCUUUUCUGGAGGAAGAACAACGAAACUGCAGCACUUCUUCCAGCUUUAGUGGCAAGGAUGGUGAAAAGCCUGGAACAGAUAGCACCUCUUGUAUAUUUCCGGCAGAGGAAAAAUCUAUAAAGAAAAUGAGGAAGAUGCAACAGAUUAGUCUACAAAUUAAAAUCUUGAGGCGUGAAUUGGACCAUCAAAGAAGGAAGAUGCAUCUUGCAGAGCAAGGAAAUGAAAGGCUGAUGGGAGACUUGGUGCACAUACAGAAAGAAUUGAAUCAUCAAAUAAAGGAUAGAGAAAAGAGCCAAGCUGAGCUUGAACACAAAACUUUACGCAUUGAGAAGGAACAACUGAUAGCUCAGAUUGACGUACUGAAAAAGACAUUGGCUGAAAAGGAUGAUGAGCUUCAGGAUAUGGAAGCUCUAAACCAGACACUAAUACUUAAAGAGCGAUCAAGUAACCUUGAGUUACAGGAUGCACGAAAAGAAUUGACAAGUGUUUUGUCAAAUUUAGUGGAUAGAACCACAAUUGGAGUUAAAAGGAUGGGAGAGGUUGACCAAAAACCAUUUCAAGACGUUUGUGCAAAGAAGUUUUCUCGCUCAGACUGGGAGGUUAGAUCAGUGGAAUCAAUCUCAUUGUGGCAAGAAAAAGUAAGCAACCCAAGCUGGCAACCACUCAAGCACACCUUAAAAGAUGGAAAGUGGCAGGAAAUUAUUGAUGAAGAUGAUGGGGAGUUAAAACGACUGAGACAUGAUUGGGGCGAGGAUGCAUACGCCGCCGUUGUCAAUGCAUUGCUGGAACUAAACGAGUACAACCCCAGUGGGCGGUAUGUAGUUCAAGAACUUUGGAACUUUAAGGAGGGAAGAAAGGCCAGUUUGCAGGAGGUGAUACAGUGCAUGGCUCAGGAGUUGAAGAAUACUGAGGCUUACAAGCGUAGGAUGUGAUUGAACGUCGAUAGAUUCCUGCACUUGGUUUUGCUUUGGCAUGUAAAUUAUUGUCUGC